AUGGAGGGGGGGGGGGGUUCAUCCUGGGGGGUCCAUUCUGUUUGCCAGACCCCCCCCCGGGACCCCCCCCCAUACCCCGCCGUGGUGGAGUCCACAGAGGAGUUCCACUUUGUGGAGCGGCUGCUGCCCCCCGCCUGCGUCCCGUCCCCCCCCCAGCACCCCUCCUACCCCACGCCGUCGGGCUGGAUCCCCCCACGAGUGCCCCCCCCCGCCCUGCCCUACCACGUGGGCCGCUCCCGCAUGCACAACCUGCCGCUGUACCGCAGGGUGGCCAAUGGGAACCGCCGCAUCACUGAGCUGCGCCGCAUCCGGGGGGAUAUUUGGGCCCUGGAGAAGGAGCUGAGGGAGUUCGUGGGGCAGCGCGUGGGGAAGCAGCCGCUGACGCAGGUGAAUGAGCUGAGCGGGACGCUGCGCCUCAAAGGCCACGUGGACAACGAGGUGCGGGCCUGGCUGCUGCUCAAGGGCUUCUGAUGGCCACCAGGGCACCCGGGGGGGGGCAAAAUGCACCCCAGGGGCAAUAAAAUGCAGCUGGAGGGCGCUGAAAUGCACCUGGGGGCAAUGAAAUGAACCUGGCGGGCAGCAAAUUGGCCCCAGAAGGCCCUGAAAUGCACCUGGGGGGCAAUAAAAUGCAGCUGGAGGGCACUGAAAUGCACCUGGGGGCAAUAAAAUGAACUUGGGGGGCAGCAAA